GCCGGGGCGGCGCGGCGUCACAUUGCGGCAUAAGUGUAUGGCAACAAUCGGUACUGUGACAACCAAUGGCGGAGGCGGCGCGGUGGCUGUCGAGAGCCUGAACCUGUUCAGUGUGGAGGGGGAGCGGGCACUGAGGCUAGCCGCUGGAGGUCCUUAUGCGGGGACGUGUGUGACUUGUGCUCUUCAUCCGUAACGCUGGGAGGAAAGCGGAGUGAGAUCAACAAUAUAAAAUGGUUACAUGUCCCACAAAUGUAAUACUAAAGUGGCUUGAACACCUGAAUAGUUCCUGGGCCUUAGAAGACACUGAGUCUACAGCUACAAGAGAAGGUGCCUCUGCAUUAUAUGAAAAGCUCCUCCAGAACAGAGAAGUGGUAGGGAUAUCUCACCAGGUGCAAAAUCUCAUCGGUCCAAAAUUGCCAGAUUUUGAACAUGAAUCUUCAGCUGUGGAAGAACGUGAACGUUAUCUCUCUGCACUCCUUAACAGCCAACAAAAUUUGGCCAGGACUGUCUUUGGGAAUUCACCUUUUGCUGUUGCCUUACAUAUGCGUUUGGUGUCCCUUCAGAGGAUAUUCCAUGCACUUUCUAACAAGUACCACGAUCGAUUCAGACCAGAGUGUAAAGUACAAAAGCAGAGUUCUGACAGCAGGUUAGAUCUAGAUGACGCGCUGGCCCGGAAUAAGGGAAUAAAAUCAGGUGCUGAUGUUCUUAUAGAAAUGGGAGUGAAGACUGGUCUAAGUCUGCUCUUUGCACUAAUUCAACAAAAUUGGCGACAGUCAAGGAUAGACCCAAGCCUGAGCUUGUGCAAUGAUGUCUUGUGCACAGCCUGCACAAUUAUCAAUUCUCUACCUCCACUUUCUCUAGCAAAUGAAAACAAGAUCCCACAAGUUGGUUUGGACUGCCUUGCACAAGUUUCAACUUUUCUGAAGAAAAUGACUAUGCCUAACUCUGGGGCUGAUAAAGAAGGACGACGAUUAGCUUCAGAACUAUUACUGGGUCUUGCGGUACAGCGUGGCUCCUUGAAGUUCUUACUUGAAUGGAUUGAAGUGGCAUUGGCAGCUUCUGCAGCUGCUACAAAAGCACCUUUUGAACCAGAGAAAGAAGUAAUGAUUGGAUAUGAUUGUGUUUUAAAAUCAUUGGAGCAACUAAGAAAUUCUUCGAAUACAAGUACAGAUAAUUCACAAAGUCAAGACCUCAAGAAAACUCCAGAUGGAUUGUGUUUACUAUCUCAGGCUGCAGUUUGUCUUUUUGAAGAGAUUUGCAGCUUAGCACUAGAUUGCCUAUGCAGUACCAGUUCUCAUAACUCUCAAAGUCAUGACUGUGAAGCAAGAGCUGUGUAUGUUUGGGGAAGUAACAGCAGCCAUCAACUGGCAGAAGGGACUCUAGAGAAAAUCUUGCAGCCCAAAUUAGCACAUGGAUUUGCUAAUGCAAAGACGAUUGAGGCUGGCCAGUAUUGCACAUUUGCAGUUUCAGAAGAUGGCUCUGUGAAAGCUUGUGGAAAAGGCAGCUAUGGCAGACUUGGACUGGGUGACUCCAACAAUCAGUCAACAGCUAAGAAGCUCACAUUUGAACCUCAUCGGAGCAUCUGUAAAGUAUCAUCCUCAAAAGGUUCAGAUGGACACACGCUAGCAGUAACUGCAGAAGGAGAGCUGUUCAGUUGGGGAGAUGGCGAUUAUGGGAAGCUUGGACAUGGAAACAGCGCGACCCAGAAGUAUCCCAAAUUGAUUCAUGGACCGUUACUAGGGAAGAUUGUAGUCUGUGUGUCAGCAGGAUAUAGACACAGUGCAUCAGUAACAACUGAUGGAGAACUUUACACCUGGGGAGAGGGAGACUUUGGCAGACUUGGACAUAGUGAUAGUCAUAGUCGCAAUCUGCCAGCUCUCGUUAAAGAUAUCAAUGGCGUUGGGCAAGUAGCUUGUGGCAGUUCUCACACUCUUGCUGUAUCUCAGGAUGGACGGACAGUUUGGUCAUUUGGAGGGGGAGACAAUGGUAAGCUUGGUCAUGGAGAUACUAACCGAGUGUACCGGCCAAAGAUAAUCGAAAGCUUCCAAGGACUGUAUGUAAGGAAGGUUUGUGCUGGAAGUCAGUCUUCACUUGCCUUGACUUCUGCUGGACAGGUGUUUGCUUGGGGCUGCGGCUCUUGCCUAGGUAGUGGUUCUUCAGAAACAACAGCUCUCAGGCCACGACUAGUUGAGGAGCUGAAUUCAACCAAAAUCAUCGAUAUUUCUUGUGGAGAUAGCCAUUGUUUGGCACUAACUCACGACAAUGAAGUUUAUGCUUGGGGUAAUAAUGCAAUGGGUCAAUGUGGACAGGGGCAUACAUCAACCCCGAUUUCUAAACCGAAGAAAGUAAUUGGUCUGGAUGGAAUACCUAUACAACAAAUCACUGCAGGAACUUCUCACAGCUUAGCCUGGACAGCUGCUCCAACUGAUAGACAACUAGUAGCCUGGCACAGACCUUACUGCGUUGAUCUGGACGAAAGUACUUUUAGUUACCUGCAGACAUUUUUGGAUAGAUAUUGUGAUGGCAUUAACAAUGAGAUACCUCCACAGCCUUUCUGUUCUCAAAGGGAGCACCAUCACUUUGUGUUUCUUUGUUUGAAGUUGCUUUCUACCCAUCUUUCCCUGGCUCAAGCUGGAGGAACUGGUGCUACUGUCCUUGGUCAACAGGCUAGACCACUACGAAACUUGCUUUUUCGGUUAAUAGAUUCAGAUGUCCCAAAAAAUAUUGAAGAGGCAGUCAAUGAAACACUUUCGGUUGGUGCAUCUUUACUAUUGCCUCCACUCAGGGAACGCACUGAGCUUUUACACAGUCUUCUACCUCAAGGUCCAGAGAGAUGGGAAAGUUUAUCAAAAGGACAAAGAAUGCAGUUGGAUAUCAUACUGACUAGCCUUCAGGAUCAGUCUCACAUUGCAUCGCUGUUAGGUUACAGCUCACCUGUUGACAUGACUGAAAGAUUCUCACAGAAGUGCAAUUCGGAUCAGGACUCAUCCAAUGCUGGAACUAUCGACCACUUUCAUUUAGCAGAGAUCCUUUUGAAAACUCUAUUAAGGAACAUCAGCUUCUACACUGAGCGUGCUUUCGGAGAGCUGGAAAAGAACAGUGAUAAGCAACAGGUUAAUACAACGCGCACAGAAAGUGGACCACCUUCCCAUGUCCAUCAGCUGCUGUCUGCAUUACAUAAACACCUCCUGGCUCACUGCUACUCAAAUUCUACUACUAAGGACCAGUUAAGCGUGGAUCUACUGCAUAAGCACUUACAAUUGCUGCUGCAGUAUGCAUCUGAUACUUACAGACGAUCUGCUGUUCUUCUGAAAGAAAGCUUAGUGGAUAAAAGUGUUACGGAGAAGUUGCAUGGGAUUCUUUUUAACUCUGCAGCUGGAAGUAUUUUGUGCCAGGUGAUAUAUUCUCUUCUGCUGUUACCUGCUAGUAUUGUGCAACCUAUGCUUGAUGGUCUUCUAGAUCUCCUUCAACCAUUGGAUUGUCUAAACAGGCUUUUACCAGCUGCACUGUUAUUGGAGGAACAAGAACUUGAAUGGGAGAUCCAUGAACCUGGAAACAAUUUUGAAAUAUCCGUUCCAGCAGACGUGAAAUCUUGGAUUUGGUUGAUUGAUAUGGAACGCACCAUUUCUUUCACUAUUGGGAAAUGUCUUGGAGAAAUGCUGCAAGGUCCUCUUUGUUCACCAGAAGAAGUAAAUUCAGCUUACUGGCUGCAAAGUCAGCUCCUCAGCAAUGGCCUUGAAAUUGACAGUGAACGGCUUGGUUCUUACAUUAAUAGUCUAACUACAAAGGCAUUGGCUCACUCUGCGGAAAAGAAAUCAUUUGAGUUUCAAGUUUCUGAAAACACUGCUGUACUAAUAGACAUUGCGCUUGGUGCCACAGUAGAGCCAGGGUUCAAAAUCUGGAGCAGAAUGCAGCACUACGCCAUCAGCAAUGAGUGGGAACACAGUACUAAUGGAGAUCAUUUGCUGAACGUUGUCUCAAGAUUUGUCCUUGCAGUAUUACUUAAACACACAGGAUUAUUGCAAGAAGCCUGCAAGAAUGAUAGCUGCCAGCCCAGUGAAAGACUUGUUGAAAUAUAUCAGUGUGUCUACAGAGUUAGAAGUGCACUCCUGGCUCAAAAGAAUGUUACCCAUAAUGCUGCAAAUGUUCAGCUGCCUGAUUGGUCUAGACAGUUUUCAGAUAUCUCAGAUGAUGUCGAGGAUGAGCCACAAGAAAGCUGUAGUACUUCUGCUAAGCCAAAUGAGAAUAGUAGGCAAUCUGAAGAACCGAAGUACAAUAUGGAAAGGGAGAUUGUCCUGCUGGAUACAGAGGAGUUUCCAAAGAUAAGCAAGGUUUUAGAGUGUUUCCUCGCUCGAAAGGCGGCUUGUCAUGAAAAUGAAACUGUAUAUGAAUACUCAGGCCUAAGCACCCAGCCCAACAGUAUAGGCAGUGUGGAAGUUACAGAAAGUGAAGGUGCCCUGAAAGAGAAAGAAACUGAUUCGGAAGACCAGUGUUCCUCUGCUUCCAUAUGCCACUAUGUAAUUGUUCGUUGUGCAUUCCUUAUUCUUGGGGUAAGAGCCAUGUGGUUGGAAAAUGUAUGUCAAGAAUCAACAACAUCAGUUAAAGUUAGGAAGACAACUUCUUUCCAAGAGGAACAGUCAUUUUGGGCAAGACUGAGACCAAAUCAAAGUGAUUCUGAUGCAAGGAAACAAGUGAAUAAAGAAAUUACUGAAGGCCCAACAAGAAUACAAACAAGAUCAUCUGACCAAACUUUAGGAGUGCCCUUGUGUUCACGAGGCAUUAUGAAGGAUGCUUGGCACUUGCUACGGCAAUGUAUUAGUCCAACAGAGAGUACUCAGGCCUCUACAUUGGCUCCAUUGCUGAAUGAUAUCUUUCAAUUCCUAUGUGGGCAUCUUACUCAGACCUCAAAUUUGGUUGAACAAGAGACUGGCAAAGAGGCGGACCCUAAAGUGGUAAUCACAGCAAUGGGUCACCAGCAAAAGCGAGCAGAGCUUCGGCUUAAAGCUCUUUGUCAGAUUUCAUCCUUUCUCUCUGAAAUGGAGAGUAAAAGUGACAUCUCUACAGACACAUCCGAAGUACCACUGAAGUCUACUGGUCUUCUAUCGACAGUGCAGCUGCAGUUUCUUACUGGCUGUUUUGAUUUAGGAACAGCUAAAACAGCAAACAUCAAGCAGAAUUGUGGGAAGUUCCAACAUUAUCAGGAUGUAACACAUGCUGCCUGUGGAAAUACACAGAAGGAACUUCGGGCUGCAGCACACAAGCUCUACCAGCAACUGGUUUCAGCGCUGGAAAGGAGACUUGCAACUGGAAAGGAACUCGCAGGAGCGCAGCAGCAUUUAUUGCUAGCUACCAUAUUUGCUCUAAAUAUACGAUACCAACCUACUGACGUAACAGUGCUCAUUAACAGUGGACUUCUAAAUGCCCUUUCGAAGCUGACAAACUCCUGCCUUCUGAUAAACCAGCGAUGGUUGAUGGCUUCAGUGUCUGGCCAUUCCCAGCUCAAUAUGGCGUUAAAACUGGCUGGCGCUCGGCUUCUGCAGAUUUUGGCUAUCACUGCUAGUUCCUACGCAGACACUUUGUCCCCGGAAGUACUCCAAGCACCAAUGGAUGUGUUGUGCUGCCAGCUGCAGAGUUUUGUGCAAGCAGUGUGUGGAAAUGCAGAAGGUGAAAUAACUGGAGACAAAUGUAAAGAAUCACAUGGCUGUGGAGCUAGCACCAGAUCAGAAAGUAAAGAUUUUGUCAAUAACAGAAGAAUAGUAGAAACCCAGCUGGGAGACUUCCUUGUUUUUUUGCGUCGUGUUAUCUCCACCAAAAGUAUGCAGAAUGAUAUGAUUUCUGUGAAAUGGAUUGACCCAAUUUUAUUGAUUGCUUCAGGGAUGAGUGCAUCAGGUGUUCCACUUAUCCAUAAUUUACGCACCAGGUUGCUAGCAUUACAUAUUUUGGAGUCACUCUUGCCUGCCUGCUUGGAACCAAACCAAAUAAAGGAGACUUUGGAGAGACUCUUCAGCUCACUUUCUGACUGUAUGUGGGACAUGCCAUUUGCUUUAAGCAAACUGGAAAAAGUAGAGAAAUCAACUGAGGAUAAAGAAAGUGACAACAUACCGAUUAAAGAAUGUUCCUUUGAUCCAGAAAAAAUGGUUUGCUGCGUAAUGGAAGCAGGAAAUGUUUUAUCUCAUGGUGCAGGGGGUAAAGGAUAUGGCUUAGCAUCUACAGCCAUAACAUCGGGAUGCUUUCAAUGGAAGUUUUACAUAACCAGGGAAAAUAAAGGUAAUGAAGGUACAUGUGUCGGAGUCUCACGGUGGCCAGUCAGAGAUUUCAAUCACCGUACAACGUCAGAUAUGUGGCUCUACAGAGCUUAUAGUGGGAAUCUCUACCACAACGGGGAGCAAGGCUGUACUCUACCUAGCUACACACAAGGAGAUUGUAUAACUUGUGUCCUAGAUGUGGAAGCAAGAACAAUUUCAUUUGGAAAGAAUGAUGAGGAACCAAAAUUAGCUUUUGAAGAUGUUGAAGCAACUGAACUGUAUCCUUGUGUGAUGUUUUAUAGCAGUAAUCCUGGAGAAAAGGUGGCACUUUGUGACAUGCAAAUGUGUGGAAUGCCUCAGGACCUCCUACCUGGUGAACCAUUUUGCAGUCCUCUUAUGACUGCCUUGUCAGAGGCAACUAUACAGUUGAUCCGAAAACUCCAUUGCAAUGACAACUGGAUGCCUGCAGUUAACCACUAUAUGCUUUGUAGGCUAGAGUUGAUUGGUUCCAUUAUGAAAGAAGCAAAAAUAUUGAAACUGAAUAAAGUUCUGAGUAAAUAUUCCAUGAAGAAAAGCACCCUUGAAGAAAAAGAGUUGAGAGGGCAAGAGGACAACCUAUUAAAGGAUGAAGAUAAGAUCCAGUGCAUCACAGACCUAGCUGAACUACAACUCCAAAUGCUGUGCCGAGAAGUCUGGCCUGUUCUGGCAGUUGUUGGUGGAAUAGAUGGUGGCCUUCGAGUUGGUGGUCAAUGCUUACACAGGCCUUCAGGUCGCAAAGCAACCCUUUUGGGAAUUACAAAAGCAGGAGGCGCCUUUGCAAGACUACAAUGGGAAGAUACGGAAAUUGCCAUCAGUGAUGCAUUGCUCUCCUCGCUGGAACCCUGCAAGUCGUAUUGCUUUGACAUGACAAGAUUCAAUGGUCUGAAGCCAUCCAUGUUAUUAGACUUGACCUACUUGACUAGAGUACGUGAAGAGCCUGAAGUGUGCAAUAAGAUGACACAAAAUAAAGACCCACCUGAGAAAGCUGUCAAGAAUGAACUGGAAAAAUCACUGGAUGAAGAAAUUGCAAAAUUUAUGGUUGCUGAUGACCACAAAGAUCCCUCUAGCAUACAAAAUCAAGAAUCUUUGAAUGUUCUUUCUAAAAAUUUACUGGAUCAUAAUGAAGAAAAUGAGGCUCAAAAAGAUUGUGCUGCAAAAGGGAGUACUGAAUUAAUCGAAACCUCCCCAAAGUCAUGUGAUAGAACUGUACAAAAAUAUGAAUUAUUCUUAGCUGAACUGCGAGCUGUGCAACUUUCAUACUUGUCUGUUGGGGCCAUGAAAACACUCAGUGUUAUACUGAGUUACAGCAAAUAUGCGGACUUGCUCCUUAUUCCCAAAAUCACAGCAAACAGCUCAUGUGCUUCAGAUAAUGCUAAAGCCACCGCUGGCUCUGCAGAGAAUUCUGAAAUUAGAAUGGUGCUCCAUUAUAUAAUGAGGUGCAUGGUAAAGUGGGCAGUGCGGCCAUGUCCAAUUAAGCGUGUAGUUUCACUAACUGAUCUGGAGCGUGCCCAUAUCAUGGUAUUCAAAUCUACUUUGGAUUCUUUGGUGGAAGAUUAUGGAACCAAAGAGGGUAAAGAUGCACCAUUGACAGAAAAUUCAAAACUUCACUCUCAAGCGGCAUCAACUUCAUCUAGUACAGUUUCACUGUACAGUAACUCCUCUGAAGAAAGUACAGGCAUUCCCAUCUCAUUGUCAGCUUCAAAUUCUUCUUCAGCCACUAAUUUGGGUUCUUUAGCUUCUACAAAUGGAUUAGAAAAUUUUAAUCCUUACUUGUCUGUCAAUGUCUUACAACAAAUGGUUUUAGUCAGAUUUCCUUCACUCUCUGGAUUGAUUAACAAUCCUUUGAUACCUCCUGGAUUGAAUGUGGUACCUGCUAUUUCAGAUGAUGAUGGGGAGCAAAGGAGUUAUUUUUCAUUGCCUUCUGUUUCUAACAGACAAUGCAGUUCACCUGUAGAUUCUAGAAGUGAUCUUCCUGAGCAUCCACCACCUGUUGCUGUUCCCUUGCUAGAAAUGGGUUUUUCCUUGAGGCACAUUUGCAAAGCGGUUGAUGCUUCAGGAGUUUCUGGAGAUGCAGACCCACAAUCAAUUGAGCAAUUAGCCAGCUGGAUGCUAGAACAUCCACUAGCAGAAGAACAAGAAGUAAUUGUCUAUUCCUCAGCAAAUAUUAGCAAUGAUUUGGACGCAGCUGUGGAGUCUGAGGUUACAGUGCACGAUGAGUUAACUACGCCCGAGUCUCCUGACACUGUUGACAGGGAAGAUGUAGUUGAAGGAAAUACUGAUGGUUUGGAUCAGAUAGAAAGGGGAAACUUUAUUGAUGUGCAUCUGACUAGAAAUAGGCCUCCACCAGCUCGAAGACACAGAGCAAGCCAAGGACAGCGAUCCACCUUCUUAAGAGCUGGAUCCAGAUCUCCUCCAAUGCCACAGUCAUCACUACGAAGAGAGCCUGAAAGUACAAGGUGGCAGGAAACUGAUGCAAUGUCUGAUCGCAAUCUGGAUGGAGAGUUGGAGCUCUGUUUUUCUGAGGAUCCACUAUCUGAAGGUUCUGUUGAUGAUAUGUUUCCAUCUGAAUGUGGUACUCAAAAUGAAGCACAAGGCAUUUGGUUAUCUGAGAUGAUGGAUUGGCCAAACAUGUGCCAGGAUAGCUCAGAUGCAGAGGAAGCUGUGAUCUGUGAACUGUGUGAUACUCGUACAAUGCAAUUCAACAAUCACAUGAAGCAGCAUCACCCUGGUUGUGGAGAGAGUGCAGGCCACAUGGGAUACCGAAGCAAUGGGGACUACGUUGAUGGUUGGUUUGGGGGAGAGUGUGGCACAGGGAGCCCGUACUAUCUGAUGUGCAACAGUUGCCGUGGAAAAUACUUGGCUGAGAAACCAAGACACAAGCAAACCAAAAUAAGUCACAGAGCAAAAGGAUUAGCGCCUGACUUAAUCAACAAGAAUGAACAUAUGCAUGAAGAGGUCUGGGAUAUAUUAGAUGUUGAAAGAAAAGGGCAAUUUACAGGACUGGAAGAUUUUGCUUCAUUAGCUGAGCCACUUGGUUUAAGUGAUAGCAAAUUGAUUCCCGAUCCGGUCCAAUUUCCAGAACAGGAUCCUCUUGGAGCUUCAGUUAUGACUGAUAAUACAGAAGAGGCACUUUUAAAGAAAGGUGUGAACAAGUUUGAUGAGAAAACGUACUUUAGACUGACUUUGGGUGAGCAAGCUGCAAUUCUUCGAGACACCAAAGAGAGAGUUCUUGCUCUCCAACGUAUCACAACGGCAAUGCAAAUUCUUUUAGCACACACCAUGGUUAUGAAAGCUUUAUCACUUAUCUCUGUGAGUGGAUCUAUAUGCAGUCAGACAAGCGGACUGGAAGCUCUUGGAUUAACUGACAUCCGUACCUUGGUUCGAUUGAUGUGCCUUGCAGCUGGAGGCAGGGCUCAGAUGGCCAGUAGUGGAACAGAGCAUUUAUAUUCAAGUACUCCAUUUAGACUUUCAAAAGGAACAACGUGCAAUACAACCUCCUGCUUAACAUAUAUGAGCUCAGCUAUUGGCUGUCUGAUUGCAAACAGCCCCUCAGCUUACAGGGCAUUGGUUAAUGUCUGUACUCAGGAUUUAAUUGCUGCUGCAACAGGCCUACAUGUAGGCAUAAUUCGUGGCGUGCAGCAAAAGAACAGGGUGCUUCAAGUUUUCCGUCGAUCAGCAAAAGAUAACAAACUUUCUGGCUAUCCCAAAUUUCUGGUAACCCAAGCCUUGGUAGCAUUGCUUACUGAGAAACGUUUUCGACAUCAAUCCAGUCGUGACAAAGAGGAAACAGAGUCUAAAGAUACUCCACCUUCCUCAUCUGCAUAUUCGUUCUCAUCGUCACAUAUUGGACCCUUGGAACUGGCCAACGCACUUGCAGCUUGUUGCCUGUCCGUGAGACUGAGUUCUAGACAUCGGCAGUGGGCCGCACAACAUCUAGUGCAGGUCUUAUCUACCACGGAAAGGAACAAUCAGUUCAGACCUCAAACUUACGCAGACCUGGCAGGGGAUCUUCGGAAAUGCCCCACUGUUAAGCUGGAAGCGCAUGAGAACCGGGUUGCAAGUUCUUCCUGGUCAUUUGCAAAGGGUUUGCUAGCCACAAGUGCCCUGGAUAGAACCAUUCGCCUGUGGACUUUAACCAAAAAUACGGUUGCAUUAAUACAGACAGUUUGCUUUAAAACUUGUGAGGAUUCAAAGGAAAGACCUUGUAGCCCUACAAGAGACUUCAAUCUGUCUCCAGUAUACUGGAGUGCAAGUGGCAGAUUUUUAGCAGCUUCACAAGACAAAAUCAUCAACAUCUAUCAAGUUGAUGGGAAUGACAUCCAUAUGAAAACUCAACCUUCCUGGGUAACUGCUUUGACAUGGGCAGACGUCCAAGCACCAUUCUUAAAUAAAGAUAGUAACAAGCAAGCUGAAGUGUUAUUGGUAGGACGACUGGAUGGAUCAAUUGGCUGCAUCGAAGCUGCAGAGAAUACCAUUUCUGACACGAUUAACCUAGUGCAUUGUCAGAGAAAAGAUGUUGCUGUUCAGUGCAUUGCCUGGUACAGUGAAGGUAAACCAAUUGCAGUCGGGUAUUCUGACGGGAAAAUUUUACUUGGAACAAGAGAGCUCGAAAAUGUGGAAGAAUCAGUGAUAUUAGAUUCAUUUCAGGAGAGUGUAACAAGCCUGAAAUGGGAUCCAACUGGUCAUCUACUCCUUGCAGUUUCCAGAGAAGAGAUGGUGAAAGUAUGGGGAAGAAGAGGAAGUUCCUGGGUUGCAGUUCAAACUCUUUUUCACUCAGCAUUGGUUAAUACUUCAGCAUGGUGUCCACUUCCAGGGAAAGGUGUGGAUCCAAGACUAAUGCUUGCAGUGGGUUGUCAGAAUGGCUUAGUUUAUGUUUGGACACUACCACAAGGUGGCACUGCAGUUUCAUUGCCAAACUUCUUGCCUUCUGAUGUACAAGGAAAGCAAGCUGAGGAUAGAUUUCGGUUCAGAGGUAGAGCCAAGUGUAUGUUUCGUCUCAAUGCUCACAUAACUGCAGUGGUAGCAGUGUCCUUCAGUCCCAAUGGAUUAGCACUUUUGUCUGGAGGAAUUGGAGGGUUGAUAAAUAUUUGGUCUAUGCAGGAUGGUUCAGUUCUGCAAACAGUAGUAACUGGUCUGGGGUCAAUAGUUGGAAUAGCCUGGAUUCCAGACAUUGGAGUAGCAGUUUGCUCCAGCAGAGCGAAGGAUGUUCUUCUAAUCAGAUGUUCACCAGAGUGGAUGUCUCAGAACCACAUCUUACCAUCGUGUCGAAUGGCUCUUAGAGCACAGGGGAUUAUAGGACUGAAUAAAGCUCCAUGUAUGAAAGUUUUUAUUGAAAGAUUACCUUUGCUCCUGCAUGCCCAAUAUGCAUAUGAAAAGCCGCAUGUAACCUGUGGAGAUCAACUGGUACACAGCAUCUUUCUACAAAGUUUGUCUUCCCUUGCAGUUGGUCUUGGUGUAGACCACUUCCUUUCCAGAACCGCUGAACCCCCUCACCAUAAAAUCAGUACCCUAGAACCUGUUUCACAUGAAUGGGCUUGGCUGUCAACUUUCUCUGCUACUAUUAAGAGUGCUGAAGCGCUGGCAAAAGGAACCACCUUCCCAGAAGCCUUUAACAUUCCAGACUUCAGUCAAGUUUCAGAUUCAGAAUUCGUCAAAGCAUUGGAAAACAACAACUGGAGUUAUGUUAUGGAUGAGCAGUUAAUGACCUGGGCCACAUCUAAACCAGAGGAGUGGCAACUAGGUGGCAAAAGUGAUGUAUUUCUGUGGGGAAGUGGACAUCACGGACAACUGUCUGAUGCUGGAAGUAGUGCCUUAGUACCGACUCUUGCACCUUCUUUGACACAGGCUGUGCUGGUGGUCUGUGGGCAGAACUGUACCUUUAUUGUCCAGGCUAAUGGAACCGUUGUAGCUUUUGGAGAAGGCAGCUAUGGCCGCUUGGGUCAAGGAAAUUCUGAUGACCUUCACACUCCAACUGUUAUUUCAUCCUUGCAGGGUUAUGUUGUGACACAGUUAGUCACCUCUUGUGGAUCAGAUGGUCAUUCACUGGCUCUGACUGAGAGUGGGGAAGUUUUCAGCUGGGGUGAUGGUGAUUAUGGAAAGCUUGGACAUGGAAAUAAUGAAAGACAACGCAGACCUAGGCAAAUUGAAGCUCUGCAGGGAGAAGACAUUGUGCAGCUCUCAUGUGGAUUUAAACAUUCAGCCGUAGUAACAGCCGAUGGAAAGCUUUUCACAUUUGGGAGUGGAGAUUAUGGGCGCUUGGGGCUCAGGAGUACAUCUAAUAAAAUGCUUCCUGAAAAGGUGACAGCCCUGGAAGAUUACUCAAUCGGACAGGUGGCCUGCGGAUUGAAUCACACUCUGGUUGUUUCAUCAGACGGAAUGACAGUCUGGUCAUUUGGUGAUGGAGACUAUGGAAAGCUAGGCUUAGGAUCAUGUACUGUCAAAUGCCGUCCUCAGAAAAUUGAGGCCCUUUGCAAUAAAGGUGUGAAGAAAGUAGCUUGUGGAACCCAGUUUUCAGUUGUACUAACAAAAGAUGGACGUGUAUUCACUUUCGGACAAGAGCGUCUUAUAGGCUUGCCAGAUUCAAUGCUGUGUAAUCACAACCACCCACAGCAGGUGCCUGCGUUAGAAUCAAUGUUUGUUGAAGAUAUUGCAGUCGGAUCAGAGCAUACACUUGCUUUGUGCUCAACAGGAGAUAUAUUUGCUUGGGGAUGUAAUGCUGAAGGCCAGCUUGGUCUAAAUCAUGCCAAUCAAGUUAAAGAACCAACAUUAAUUACUGCACUUCAAGGGAGAAAUAUUCAUCAGAUUUCAGCUGGCCGGUGUCACAGUGCUGCGUGGACCACCCCUCCUCCUUCACCUAGAACUCCAGGAAGCACAGUUCCUGUUCAACUUGGUGUGCCACAGAUGGUACCUCCUCAGUAUAGCAUGCUUAAAGAUUGUAGCCCAGAAGCCCUUACAAAUAGGUUGCGGGUUCUGUUUCACUUCUCUGACCUGAUGCACAAGUCUUGGCGACUACUAAAUCUCAACUUGAAUAAUCAGGCUAAUGCAUCCCUGUAUAAUAUUGGAGCUUCAGCAAUAGCUCAAGGGCGGCUGAGAGGACUCCUGUCUCCGAAAGUCAACAUUCUGCCACUAGUGCGAUCAAUAGGAAGAACGAUGAUUCAGGGAAAGACCUAUGGACCUCAGAUCACGGUGAAGAGAAUUUCUGCAAGGGGUCGGUCAACCAAGCCUAUCUUCAUUCAGAUUGCCAAGCAAGUUGUGCAGCUCAAUGCCUCAGAACUGAGGCUUCCAUCACGAGCCUGGAAAGUGAAAUUGAUUGGAGAAGGAGCUGAUGAUGCCGGUGGAGUAUUUGAUGACACAAUUACUGAAAUGUGUCAGGAGUUGGAGACAGGAGUGGUUGAUCUACUGAUUCCAACACCAAAUGGUGUUGCAGAAGUUGGUAGCAACAGAGACAGAUUUUUACUAAACCCAUCAGCUUGCACUGAAGACCACCUCCAGCAGUUUAAGUUUUUGGGAAUACUAAUGGCCGUGGCUAUUCGGACCAAAAAACCAUUGGAUCUACACCUAGCACCACUUGUAUGGAAACAAUUGUGCUCAAUCCCCCUCAUCUCUGAAGAUCUGGAGGAAGUUGACUUGCUUUACAUUCGGAACUUGUAUGGAAUCCUACACCUGGAUGAUAGUGGAAUAACAGAAGAAAACUUCUUGGAGAUGAUCCCCUUAGAUUCGUUUGUUGGCAAGACUGCAGAUGCCAAGGUUGUUCCACUAAUUCCUGGAGGAAGCAGCAUACCUUUGACUUUCGGAAACAGGAAGGAGUAUGUAGAGAGAGCAAUUGAAUAUAGGUUGCAUGAAUUGGAUCAACAGGUCACGGCAAUAAGACAGGGAAUGUCAGCCAUAGUCCCUGUACCUCUGCUGUCUCUGCUUACAGAAAAACAGCUUGAACAGCUUGUGUGUGGGAUGCCAGAAGUGAAUGUAGAAACUUUAAAAAAAGUUGUCCGUUACCGUGACCUUGUUGAAAAUCAUCAGUUGCUGGGUUGGCUCUGGCAAACAUUGGAAGAGUUUUCGAAUGAAGAGAGAGUUUUAUUUCUUCGUUUUGUCUCUGGUCGCUCCAGGCUACCAGCCAACCCUGCAGACAUCACACAGAAAUUUCAGAUUAUCAAAGUGGACAGGCCCGUCGAUGGUCUUCCCACUGCUCAGACCUGCUUCUUCCAGCUUCGACUACCACCUUACUCAAGCCAGCAGGUGAUGGCAGAACGUUUGCGGUAUGCCAUUCAGAACUGCAGAUCAAUUGACAUGGACAACUACAUGCUGUCAAGGAAUGCUGACACUGGAGAAGGUUCAGACACUGAAUAUUGAGUGCUGCUUUCUUCAAUACCACCUGCAAAUCAACUUUUCAAUUAAUAGAAUCUCAGGCAAUUUCAUGAAAAAAUACAAGCAACUUAACACAUAAUUUUUUUUAACUGACAUUUUCUACUUUAUGGGAUGAGCAUUUGCUACCUUACAAAUUUUGCAUAAAAAUGUGCUGGUGUUUUUAAAGAAAACUAAUUAAUUUGAUUUUGUGCACUACUGAAAAUCAGGAAUUGCUUACAUCCUGUAAAAUUGUAGAAUCAUGUUUUUGUAGAAUGCAUAAUGCACAUGGUACACUGAAUAUGUCCAGCACUUUGCCUACCUUAAGCAUCUUGUGUACAGGAUCAGGGUGGAUAAUUGCCAAACAGUAACCUGAUUAUGGAAGCUUAAUGAGGUGAAUCCAAUUCUUUUGUACUAAAAUAAUUUUCCAUAUCACACUGAACAAUAAAGGAUCUGGGCCAUGCUAAAACAUUCAUAGCAUCUUCUUCUGUGGCCAUUGGAUGUUCAUACUUAGUGGUGACUGAGGAGGUGACAACUAAAUACUUAAAAUCUUGUCUCCUGGUGUAAAAAUUUAAUCAAGUUAUAUUGCAAGCAUUUUAUAAAGCCACUCAGUUCAGCAAGGUUGAAAGAAUUAUUUAACUUUCACCAAAAGAGCAUUCUCUUCAGAUUGUAAUAAAAUGUGCAUUUUUGAUUUUAAAAGAUUUGGGAUGCUUAUGCAGGAAAAUUAAUUGGUAAGGACUCUUGAUGGAAGCAGUAGGAAGUGCUUUUAUAAAAGAACUCUGGAAUUCCUGGCGAUCAAAAAUGCUUCUGCUUGUCAAGGAUGUAUUUUAAAAUUUUUAUAUAGCUCCAGAACAUCAAAGGAUAUCAUUUGAUGCGUUAAACAAAUAUAGAAAGUAUAGAAUGUAGAACAGUUCAGCACAGACCAUGCCAUUUGGUCCACAGUGUAGUACCAAACCAGCUAAAAAGCAAAUCAAAAACACCCAAACACUAAUCCCUCCUACCCACACCAUGUCCCUAUCCCUCCAACUUCCUUACAUCUACGUGCCUAUCCAAAUGUCUCUAAAACCUCGAAUGUAUUUGCCUCUACCACCAUACCAGGCAGCAUAUACCAGGCAUCCACUCUCUUGAGUAAAAAUCUUACCCCUCACAUUCCCUUUGAACCUACCCCCUCUCACCUUCAAUGCAUUCCCUCUGGGAGACAGAUGCUCUCUGUUCACUCUAUCUACGCCUCUCAUAAUCUUAUAAACCUCUGUCAGAUCUCCCCUCAGCCUCCGGCAAUCCAGUGAAAAUAACCCAAGUUUAUCCAGCCUCUCCUGAUAGCACAUGCCCUCUAAUCCAGACACCCUCUCCAAAGCCUCAACAUCCUUCCUACAGUGGGGUGACCAGAACUGUAUGCAGUACUCCAGAUGUGGCCGAAACAGAAUUUUAUAAAGUUGCAACAUAACCUCUUGACUUUUGAACUCAAAUGUCUCGACUAAUAAAAGCAAACAUUCCAUAACCCUUCUUAACCACUUCAUCAACCUGUGUAGCCACUUUCAAGGAGCUAUGAACUUGGAUCCCAAAAUCUCUCUGCUCAGCAACACUCUUAGGGAUCUUGCCCUUAAUAGAGUACUGUCUCUUUGCAUUUACCCUACCAAAGUGCAAUACCUCACAUUUAUCUGGGUUAAUCAAACCAUUUCUCUGUCCAUAUCUGCAACUGAUCUAUAUCAUGCUGUAUAAUCUUCUACACCCUCCACAGCUCCACCAAUCUUGUGUCAUCCACAAGUUUACUAAUCCACCCAUCUACAUUUUCAUCCAGGUCACUUAUAUAUAUCACAAAGAGCAGAAAUCCCAGCACAGAUCCCUGCUGAACACAAGUCACUACAGACCUCCAGCUUGACUAAGUCCCUUCAGCCAGUACUCUGUGCACAAGCCAGUUCUGAAUCCAAACAGUCAAUUUACUGUGGACCCUAUGCAUCUUAAUCUUCUGGAUUAGCGCCCCCCCCCCCAAUGAGGGACUAUGUUAAGCGCCUUACUAAAUCCAUGUAGACAACAUCCAUUGCCCUACCAAGCUGAUUAAUAAUCAUUCUAUACUGAUCAGCUUUAAAGACUUUUCAAAAAAUAAAUCAGCAAAUCAAUGAAAAUUUAAUCGGUUUAUUAUUAAAUUAAUUUAGAAAACAUAAAAAUAAAAUUUUAACAGUAUUUUAUUCCCUUCAAAUCAGCCAGUGAUCAAUUAAAAGAUAAUACAGUGUUCAGGUUCAAGAAAAUACUACUAUCUUAAUAUGGUUAAGCUCUUCACUGCAUAAUAAAAUCAACUUUUCAGCCAUCGACUGCAAAAUGUGAAUAGAAUGUUACUUGUUGAAUGAGUAAUAGAUCUGCUGAAAACUGAAAAAUAGCAUUUUCAUAGCUUGCUCAGGAUUUACAGUAUAUAUGAUCCCAUGAUGAUUCUGCAAUAAUGUUAUCAAACUUGUUCCAUGGAAAAUUUCAUAUAGUAGCAAAUAUUACAAAGUGAAUUUGCAAUAAUAGGUAAACACUUCAUAAGGGUGUCUUUAGGUGGUAAAAUACUGACCUGAAUUGUAGAUUAGUCUGUAGUAGAUUUCUGUUUUACUCAGAGAGUCGUGAAUGCCUUUAACGUGGUAUGGUGGUAGAGGAAAAUACAUUAGAGGCUUUUAAGAGAUGUUUGGAUAGGCACAUGGAUGUCAGGAAGAUGGAGGGAUAUGGACAUGGUGUAGGUAGGAGGGAUUAGUGUUUGCGUGUUCUUGACUUGCUUUUUUCUAAUUCUUUCAAUCUAACAUAGAAAAUAGGAAAACAGGUGCAGGAGUAGGCCAUUCGGCCCUUCGAGCCUGCACCGCCAUUUAUUAUGAUCAUGGCUGAUCAUCCAACUCAGAACCCAGCCUUCCCUCCAUACCCCCUGACCCCUGUAGCCACAAGGGCCAUAUCUAACUCCCUCUUAAACAUAGCCAAUGAACUGGCCUCAACAGUUUGCUGUGGCAGAGAAUUCCACAGAUUCACCACUCUCUGUGUGAAGAAGUUUUUCCUAAUCUCGGUCCUAAAAGGCUUCCCCUCUAUCCUCAAACUGUGACCCCUCGUUCUGGACCUCCCCAACAUCGGGAACAAUCUUCCCGCAUCUAGCCUGUCCAAUCCCUUUAGGAUCUUAUACGUUUCAAUCAGAUCCCCCCUCAAUCUUCUAAAUUCCAACGAGUACAAGCCCAGUUCAUCCAGUCUUUCUUCAUAUGAAAGACCUGCCAUCCCAGGAAUCAAUCUGGAAAAGUUCUACUGCUGGAAAAGUUGAAAGAAUUAGAAUUGUCUGUAGUCUGCUAUUCUUGGUUCACUGACUUUAAUGAUCUAAAUUCAGUUUUAUGAGCUGUUAUAAACCCUCACCCAUUUACAGGUAUUGAAACAUUGGUAGUAUUGGAUAUGUGUGCUUCUAAUCUUCAGUAUCGAUUUCUGGGAUCAAAUUAAUGGAAAUAUUACAAUGCUUAAUAGUUUAUAAGAUGUGAAUAAGGUUAAACUGUGCAUAGAAUGACAAGAAACAAGUUUGUGUAAUUUCUCAGGAAUUUCCUGCUACUGACUUGGAUGAACCUAAAAUGUUACCGACAUUGCACAAUUCCCUGGGUUAAUGAAUUAACCAAAGCCCUCUUCACGUGUUCCAUAACUGAAAAAUUUGGAAGCAGCUUGUCAGACUCCAAGAGCUAAAUAGUAUCAGAAUUAAUUUCAGUGCUGCUACAUAAUUUUCAGUGGAAGGAACAACAAAAUCUUGGAAACUAGUGGAGGCCUCUGGAAGUAGAAGGUAUCAGUUUAGAAUAAAGGGGUAAAAGAUUUAGAUGGAAUUCCCACCACUGCCUGAAAGGACUUUGUAUAAUUUUCCCUGUGACUGUGUGGUUUUCCUCCAGGUGCUCCGGUUUCCUUCCACAGUCCAAAGACUACUGGUUGGUAGUUUAAUUGGUUGUUGUAAAUUGUCCUGUGAUUAGGCUAGGAUCAAAUCAGGGACUGCUGGACAGCACGUCUCAAAGGGCCAGAAGGGCCUAUUCCGUGCUGUAUCUCAAUAAAUAAAUAUGAAGAAGAAACUUUUUCAUUCAAAGGGUGUUUGAAAUCUGGCUAACACUGUGAACGGAAGGCGAAAGCAGGUACUGUCAUGAUACAGAAGUACCGUCUAGUCAAGCACUUGAAUGCCGACGCCAGUGACAUGGUAACAUAGUGGUUAGCACAACACUUUACACACCAGCGACCCGGGUUCAAUUCCUGUCACUGUAAGGAGUGAAUGCAUGGGAGCUGCAGUUUCCUCCCACACCACAGUCCUAUACCAGAUGUACAGGCUGGUAGGUUAAUUGGUUGUUGUAAAUUGUCCCGUGAUUAUGCUGAGGUUAAAACUGGGUUUGCUGGGUGGUGCGUCUCGAAGGGCUGAAAGGGCCUAGUCUGCGCUGUAUGGUAAUCAAUUAAUUAAUUGGCUAUGGUUCAAAUACUGUUAAAUAGGAUGAGUACAGGUAGCUGCUCGAUGGUCAGAUUGGCGCACUACGUGCUGGAGGGCCUGUUUCUGUGGUGUAUUGCUCUGCUGCUCUGUGGACUAAUAUUUUAAACUUGAGUCAGAGCAGUCAUGAGGGCAUGGAAACAGAAGUAGCUUAAGUGAACUGGUAUUUUAGGUUAUGGAUUUUUAAAAAAAAUCAAAUUGCAGUUCUGUGAAGAAGCAAAGUAAAAUGCAUUUGAUAAAAUGCCACACUAAGGGUCAUUGUGAGUUUCAAAAAUUCAUGUUACAGGAGGCAACAUUUUGGUGUGGAUAGAAGAUUAGAUUGUUAAUCAGUGCCACAAUGUAAGCAUAAAUGGGUCUGGCUGGCAAAUGUUAUGUGUGCCUCAGGGCUUGUGGUUGGAGCCUCAACUGUUUAUGAUUGCAAAAGAGUACAAAGCUCUGAUAUAUAGAAGGUUCUGGCUUUUUGCUAGUGUUUUCUUUUCAAAAGCCAAUUAUUUAGAUACAUCAAGUAAUUAAAAAGGUAUAUAUAUAUAUUUAUUGCAUCUUCUAGUGGGAGAAUUCAGAACCAGGGAUUCUAAAGAGUUUAGAACUCUGGAAGGGUAAGAGUAAAGGGUCUCUCCCAUUUAUGGCCAAGGAGGUGAUACUUACACUCUGGAGAAUGAGUUCUUGGAACAGUUCCUUUGGGGUGGUGGAAGCAGAGAUUUUAAAAGAAGAGCUAAAUAAAUUAACAGGGGUAAGCACUUAUCAUGGGUAGGUGCAAAGGUGAAUUUGAGGUUACAAUCAGUUUAGGCAUAAUCUUAUUGAGGGGUUAAAUGCCUUACUUCGGCAUCUAGUUUGUAUGUAUCACCUGAAAUUAAUUGUUUUUUCUCUUUUCACAGAUGUUGCUGAACAUUCUCAAUAUUUUCUGUUUUAUUUAUACAUCUUCCCUAAUUAAUUAAUAGACAAGGAUUGGGGAAAGAUGGAGGGCUAUUCAUAUUGAUCGCCAGUGGAUUGCAAGAGAAAACGGGGAUAAAACUGGAUAACCUCUAAACAAGGCAUGGGAUCACAAUGCAGUUAACUUAAGGUCUUUUAGCUCAUUGCAGACAGUGCACCAAAUG